GUCAGUUUGUCCGCCGCAUUCAAAGCGAUCAGACGUUUGUUAAGUUGUCCGCAUUUCGUCAUCAUUCAUCUGGAAAUUGAACCCCCAGACCCCCCACCAAAAAAAUAAAAAAAUUAUUCAUUUUUUUUUUUUCUUUCUCGACUGCGCAAAGUGUCAAGUGUCUCGGUUUUAUCUCGUUUCUAAUUCAAAAGAAGAGUGUAUUUUUAUUAUUAUUAUGUUUGGUUGUUGUUGAAAUCUUCGUUUAUAUAUUUUUGACGUGCAAUCGGCGAAAAUUCGGAAUAUGACAGUUGACAUUGGACUCUCGCCAGCAUCAGCAUUGGACGUGAAUCUGCUCAGCGUGACAUUGAAGAAGAACGGCAAGAAUAAGAUGACGGUGACUCGUGAACAUUCGACUGCCGACGACUACGCAGUCGAUCAGAAACAACAGCAGAAACUACACAAACAAUCGGAGGCAGCCGAGGAGCCUAAAGGCAACCCAGAUCGUGCCGUUAUGUCGUCGGCUACGUCACCCAAUGUCACCGGCACGUCGGCCGUGUCCACGUCGGCAGGAUCGACCCUGACGUCGGCCGCAUCGCAGGCCACCAGCCGGCCAAAGUUUAUGAUUACAGACAUUCUUCGUAAUGACAGUGGUCCCGCAGCGAGUGUCGCUUACGCAUCGAUUCCUCAGCAACAACAACAACAACAACAACAACAACAACCUCAACAGCCGCAAGCGCCUCCCAGUAUGCCGCCUCACCCGUUUUAUCAGUUCAAUUUGGCGGCAGCUGCGGCCGCUGCGGCCGCCUACGGAUUCAAUCCGGCCGGCAUGAUGCCGCCUCUUCAUCAGUUCUUGGUGGGUCAUCACCAACAGCAUCCUCAUCAUCCGCAUCACCCCCAGAUGCCCGUCAUGAUGCCAUCGGGCAUGUUGGUGGCCCACUCGGCCGAGUCGUCCCCACGCGACUUGUCCUUCAAACGAUCGGCGGCCGCCGCCAAUUUCGGGGCCGAUCGAACCGAAGACGACGAAGAUGAAUUCGUCGAUCCCGACGGUUCGGAUCACGACCGCGACAGCCCGAUCGGCAAGGCCGAUCUGAUGCUCACCGACGACGAAUCGGAUAUCUCUAAAAACGACGAUGAAGAUGGCGACAAGAGCAACAACGGAGGCGGCGGAGGUGGUAGCGGCCACCGUCACAACCACAGCGGGAGCACGGCCAGCGAGAGCGGCGACGGCCCCGGCAAUAAAUCGUCGUCGGGAAUGAGCAAAAAAGCGAGAAAAGCCCGGACGGCGUUCACCGAUCAUCAAUUGCAGACGCUAGAGAAGAGUUUCGAACGCCAGAAAUACCUCAGCGUUCAGGACCGGCUCGAACUGGCCGCUAAACUCGGACUGACCGACACCCAAGUGAAAACUUGGUACCAAAAUCGCAGAACCAAAUGGAAACGACAAACGGCCGUCGGCUUGGAACUAUUAUCCGAGGCGGGCAACUACGCCAGUUUGCAGAGGAUGUACGGCGGAGGAAACGGCUAUGGUUGGCCUUACGGUCCCAUGUCGCAAGGACCGCCUCCAGGACCGCCCAACUCAGCGGCAGCCGCCGCUGCAGCCGCCGCCUCGAUGGACCUUUACUACCGUCAAGCGGCCGCUGCAGCCGCACUUCAAAAGCCGCUUUCCUAUCGGCUCUAUCCCGGCCAGCAACAGCAACAGGGAAGCGGAGGAGGACCUAUGCAUUCUGGACAUCACGUCGGUGUCCCAGCCGGUUCAUCUGGCAGUCCCAUCUCGACCUCGUCGCCAUUACCCAGCCAUCACCCUUACCCAGCCGGAUUGAGUCCUCUCCUGAAUUCCGCCACGUCCGCAUCGGCAGGGCUUAGCUCUUUAGCCGCCGCAUCGGCAGCCAUCACGUCUCAGCUCUAUCCGGGCAACAACAACGGCAUUAAUAACAGAGCCGAGUCGUCGUAAAUAAAUUGUUGUGUUUGAUUAUUCAAGAGGGGGAGCGCACUACCAACGGGCUACAAGAUUGAAUGCCCGUUCCGUCCGUUUCCGCGCUGUGUUUUUCUUUUUUUUUUUUUUUUUUCUUUUGUUAUUUCAAAAUUAAGAAAUGCCCAUAAUUGAUUGUAUCGUUUCUUCUGUUUUUUUCAAAUGUUUUUCUGCAAAUGAAUUGCUCGAAUUUUUCGUUUUCAUGUUUCAACCCUUUUUGUCUCGUUAUGUGUGUGUGCAAGGGGGUUGCAUCAUUUUAAAUCCCCCCCCCCUCUUUUUAAUUUUUUUUUGCAUAUAUUCGUUCGACAUUGUUUCUCAUCCCUGUUUGCAUAUGGCGAAAUUCAGAAAAAAAAACAAAAAACAAAAAAUGUACCGAGAAAAGAAAAGAGACCCCUCCCCCAGCUUAUUGAUGACUAAUAUAGAUGACAAGAAAUAUUUAAAAAGAAAAUGCACGAUCAUGAUCUCAAGUGUGCCUGCAAUUGAAUCCUCCUCAUCCCCAAAUCCUCGUUUGCUUGUUUGGUCUGCGCGUUUCGUCGAGCAUUUUCUGAACGCUCCAUGCGCACGACGAUGAAUCCAAUAUGUCGGCUGAUGCGUCCGACAUCACCCGAAAUUCGAAAAUUAUGCAGCAAAACGAGAUGAUCAAACGGAUCAUAACGAAACAUAGAAAACAUUCCCCUCCACCCGCUCUUGCUAUUUACUACGUGAUUGUGAUAUAAAAUAUACACAUGAAAACAAAAAGGAAACGCAACUUCAUUUCCAUCGUUUGUGUCACUGACGUCUUUGAUUCUAUCGGCCAAUUUCACGUUACCUCCUUUUGUUUUUCAAUGUCCCCCCCCUCCCCCGCUUUGAUUCUGCUGCUGUGUUAUAUAUACCUUUGCUGUGUAUAGCCAAUUCAAUAUGGUCAAACACAAAUUGUACAUAUAUAUACAAGUUGAUUUUGAAAGAGGCCCGAAUCAGAGAACAGCAGCGACAGAUUUUGAAAAAAUAAAAUAAAAAAUACAAAUCAUUCAAAGAA